CGAUAAUAAAGGGAGCGUUCCUCCUCCCUCCUCCCUUACCGACCGCCAUAUUGUUUGCGAUAUUCCGUGUGUUCCGUGUGCACGUUCCUCCGGUUGAGGUUCCUCGUACUUUCCUCAGCACCGCGUGACGCCCGCGUAACAUUCUUUUCGUGAACAGUGUCUCAGAAAAUUGGCAAACAUUUCGCGCAAGGACAGCAUGAAGAAGAUCAAGGAUUACUCGGACGAGGAUGAUUACGAGGUGGACGAUCCGGACUAUCCGGAGGUCGAGGGCGCCUCCGAGGAGGAAUGGACUCCGGAGGCUGGAACCGAGGCUGGCACUAAAAUAAGGCCACAGAGAGGAGCAGGAAAAAAGCGACAGCACUCUGAAGAGGAAGACGAAGAAGAAGAAGAGGAGUUCGAAGAGGAUGAAGAGGAAGAGGAAGAGGAAUCUGAUUCUGAUACAGGAAAGAAGUCAAAGAGGAAAAGGCGCUCUAAGAAAGACGAUGAUGAAAAGGAGGAUGAGGAAGAUGACGAUUCUGAUGACAACAGUUUCAACGAAUCUGGAGAGACUCCAAAAGAAUACACAUCUGGUUCAUUCGUUCUUUUAAAAACUGACGUUGAAUCUAAUAAGAAUAAGGAAAAUAACUUAUCCAGUAAGGGUAAAUCCGAUGUGGAAUCAAGCACUUAUCCAACCUUGUGGAGGAUAGAUGGAAAAGCAUUGCUCCAAAAGUUUCUACCUUUUAAAGAAGAUGGGAAAGUACUGUAUAGAAGCACGACGACAUAUUCUGGUUGGCAACAGAGUAACAAAGACCAAUACAUAGCGGUCCACGUGUCCUUUAAAGUGCAAAGUAGACAAGAGACAAUUGUUGAACUCCAUUUUGAUCCAUCGCAACCACAAGAAGUUGUAAAGGAUGAUAAAGAAGAUUAAAUUAGAUUGAGUUUGCUCUUAUUUGUUUAUAUACAUCUUAAGGAAAAAUAUGUUGUAAGGAAAGAAAGGACGGAAACAUCCACAUCUACAUGUACACUAUUCACGAAACAUAUAUUUACACAUACACAUGGAUGAUGUUUGACAUGGUACUGUAGCAGGUUCAUAUUUAAAAUAUAAGAUUGGAUGGACCAUG